AUGGAAUCCAACAGCCAAGGCCGUAGGGGAGACAGAAUCAAUUCUGAUUCACGAUGGCCGUAUAGCCGACUAAACCGUGCUGCUGCGUUACCCACGAAAACCUCAGAUCAGGGCGCAACCACCGUUCACGCCCCCUCACGUCAGCCCAUCUUCAAUAACGAUGCCAACUCUCGCCCUGGCUUCUUGCAUAGAAUGCCAGACCACAAAGCCAGCCCCACCGGUCUAGAUUCUUCACUGACGCCGAACCAUCUCGUCUCCACUGGAUCUACAUACGAAUAUAUCACGGGACCGAAUAGCCCGAAUUAUAGGGGUAACUCUAAUAAUCCUGAGAACUGGGGAGCUGACAUCCCCGUCGACGAGAGCACGGCCUUAUACCUUGUCAAUUUGCCCCCAACUUGUACUCCCCGAGAGCUCUUGCAAGCCAUCCGCAAUGUUGGCAAAAUCCACGCGUCCAGUGUCUCGCCUCCAUCCGGGCAGUAUGAUACCUCUGCUGCAAAGCUGGUGUUCUGGACUCGCGCGGCGGCUGAGAAGUUCAUCGACCUCGUCAACCGUGGCGAGUUUUCCGUCAAUGGAUACAUCCCAGUGGUCACGAUGAACAAAUUCAAAGCGCCCGAGCAGCCCGCGAGCCAACACUCCCGUGUCUUGCAAGUCUCCGGCCCGAGCCAAAUUGUCCAGCAGGACUAUCUCGAGCGCUUCUUUCAGAAGACGUUUGCGUAUGACCUUGAUGAGUUCGUCGAGAUGUACCGCACCGAUACCACCACCCGUUUGGAGGUUCGCUUCUGCUCCUACAGACACCAGGCGUCCAACGCGUACAAGUAUAUCGGGAAGGCACAGCGUGGAGAAGAAAUUCCUGGAGUUGAUUUCACGGACGAGGAGAAACUGCAUUGGCAUAAAGUUCGGGUCUUCUGGGGUGUAGACCCCUCUGCUUGA